AGCCACCCAGAUGAAUGACCAGAUGGAGCGUACGGCGUGGUGAAGGGCGCGUUAUCUUGAGCUCUUCUGGGCAUUCCAGACCUUAAUUCCGGCUAGAUUCAUUUGAAGAAUUACUAGUGUGUGAAAACCCUCCUGAGUCGCCCUUGCGCUCCUUUUUUCUGAUGCAUGGAGCUCGGUGGCUGGGAACGUCGUCGGAAGAUCCGGUGCGGUUAUGGGUCUGAGCCUCCCAGCACGAAUUGAAGCCAUUCUAAGAGCAUUGAGUAUGCAUGCAACGCUGUGCCACGUGGAAUGACGGAAGCGAGCGAGCGAGCGAGCGAGAGAGAGAGAGAGAGAGAGAGAGAGAGAGAGAGAGAGAGAGAGAGAGAGAGAGGGGUCUGGAAGAGAUGUUGUUUGCGUCAGGAAGGCCAGACUUGACACGGCUGCGCGUGAGAGCCACUCGUUGCUGUGAGUCGGGAGUCGGGAGUCGGGAUCUAAUACUCGAGCUGAGCAAGUGCUUCGUGUUGGGCACCUCGUUAACUUACUCGCUUGAGCAGAACGCUGAGGCAUGGAUGCGUGCAUAUAUAUAUAUGAUAGCUGCAUGUAUGUAUGUAUAUACUGGUGUUCUCCUUUGUGUGUCGACGGGUUCAGUAUGGUGGAAUUUUUUUUGCUUCAGGAGUUGGUGGAAUGGAUAAGGGGAAGGAGUACGCUGGCUCCUAGAGGGUUAGCUUCUGGCGCCAAACGACGGAAAUUGCGAGUCGGGCAGGAUGAUUCGCAGUCCGUCGUUUGGCGGGAAAAAAAAAGGAAGCAGGGUUCAGCUUUUGGCGGGAAAACUGUGUGUGCGGGGUUCAUUUAGCUCUUGAUUCGCGGUCCGUCGUUUGGCGGGAGAACGAUAUGCAGGGUUGAGAUUUUGGCGGGAAAACUGUGUGCGGGGUUCAGUUCUUGGCCGGAAAGCUGUGUGCGGGGUUCAGGUCUUGGCGGGAAAACCUUUUUGCAGGGUUUCAGUUUUUGGCGGGAAAACCUUGUGCAGGGUUUCAGUUUUUGGCGGGAAAACCGUAUGAUGAAGGGUUUCAGCCCCGUUGGCAGAAAGCAACCUGUUUGAUUGAAAGGAAUCGAUUAUUUCUCUUUCUUAUUCUUAGGUAGAGGAAAGAGCAGACAACGUCGUUGGUUCUUUGAGAUGACCUGCCAUUUGCUGCCGAGGUAAGUCUAAUAAUAGAUCCGCGCCAAUCAGUCCAAUUGAGCUGACACAGGUGCUGGUGAUCUGGGAUUAACGGGAGUUCCAUGUUGAUGUGUAAUUUGUCUUUUACUUAGAUUAGAUUAGAUGAUGAAACCGCAGGUUAUUGAAUGGGUGAGCGGUAUAGGUUACAAGGGCUAGCUUGGGUGGGGGUACUGGGGGAGGAGAGGAGAGAAGGUUUGGUUAGCACACACACGUGCACUUUUCUGAAUGCAUCAGGCUAUGAUCAUCGGUCAAAUUCCCUUCGUAAAGUCCUGCUGUGAGUCUGUCCUUAUGCAGAUAAAUGGGUUUCCCUUCCAUAAAGUCCGGCUGUGAGCGUGUUCUUAUGCGGACAAGUCCUGUUUGAAAUGAGGGAGGUGGUGAACAGGGACACGGUCGGGAGAGGCGAGAGGGGUACAUGGUUGUUGUUGAUCGGAAGAGAAGGGGUCAAGAGGAGGAGAGAGGGGUAAGUGUGGGAACAUACGGCGUCAAAUGGAGGGCGAGAGCGAAGAGGAAACAGGCACACGGCGUACAGGGAUCAUAUGGAGGACAGGGGUAAUUGUGGGAACAUACAGCGGCAAAUGGAGGGCGAGAGUGAAGAGGAAACAGGCACACGGCGUACGUGGUUGUCGGUCGGAAGAGAAGGGGUCAAGUGGAGGAGAGAGGGGUAAGUGUGGGAACAUACAGCGUCAAAUGGAGGGCGAGAGCGAAGAGGAGGGAACAGGCACGCGAUGUAGAGAAGGGAGGAGGUGGAUGCAGCACGCCAAGAAUUGCUUCGAGGAUACUUGUUUUGACUAGUUACGACCGCGCCAUUGCUCCAAAGAAUGAAGGCGUUAUGAGGAGGCGGCAUUGUCUCGCCCUGUCUCGCCUUUUCUCUCCUCUUGAUGCAGGGCCAUUUUAUCAGUCGCGUAUCAAUCACAUUUCAACGUCGGAUCGCCAACUGCAAGCGGCGAAGAUUGUCAAGUGGAGGGUGAGAGAGAGAGGAAACAGGCAUUGCAUGAAGGAGGAAACAGGCAUGGCCAAAAAUAUAUUGUGCUUGACAAUUAUGGUGCUGAUAUUGCUCCAAAGGCGAUGAUUUGAUGAGCAUGCAAUGUGUCUUGCCCUGUCUCUCCUCAUCUUUCCUCUUGACCCCUCCCCAUUUUAUCAGCUGCAUAUCGCAUCAUGAUCCCGGAUCGCCAACUGCAGGCUAAGAUAUGAGGAUCUGGCCGCCAACGAAGGGGAUGCCGCAUGGUGACGAUUCAUUGCCCUGCUGUCUGUCGUCCGCUGUGAUCGCUCUGUUUUCCUAUCGGAAGGUUGAGAUUGUGCCAGCAAGGCGGUGAUAGGUGGGUCGUCGAACGCAGGAUGUGUGGACCACACUCAGCCAAGGAGAGAAGGCACUCAGCUAAGGAGAAGAGGACAAGUAGAGUGCGAUCGGCCGGGAUGCGCAGUUUGCGAGAAACGAACUUGAGUGGAAGGGUAUGACAGUCUGACGAGGAAAGACAUUGGCAGAUGAAUGAGGGAAUGCCACAUGGAUGGUUAUGCCCUGUGAGCUAAAGAGGCAAGUGGUGCGAGUGUGCAGUGUGGGGGUUGAGGUCUAGAUACCCUGAUGGGAGAAUGAACUGAAUGGGGGUUGAGGUCUAGAUACCAUGAUGGGAGAAUGAACUGAAAUGGGAGUAAAUGAUAAACGUACAAGGAAACAUUUCGGCAGAGGAGGGACCGACACGUGGAUGGUUUUGUCCUGUGAGUGGGAGAGAUGAUGACGGAGGGGGUGGAGGGGGUGGAGGGGAGUCCUCCCUCGUUUUUCUGUUUCCUGCAUGGCAGUCGUGGUUGAUUUGUCUUGGCCUGUUGGCACCCUCCUAGGCCCUGUUGAAGAUUGUCUUGCGAACUUUUUUUUUUUUUUUUGCUUUUGUUUUGCCAACUAGUUUCUCAUAUUAAUUAUUUCAUUGACUGAUUUGCUAAUGGAUUAAUUAGGCAUUUGAUUGAUUGAUUGCCCGGUCAGCUGGUUGGAGAUUGGGUAUGUGUUGAUGAUGGGGGAGCUUGGCAGCUGUUUGUUGUUUGAGAGAGGGGAGAUGCAAUUGCAUUCUAUUCCUGCAUAGCAAUCCACCGGGCACGCUCCACACAGCUGGUCAGGGAGUUCUGGACUCGUCUUCCGUCUUCAUGUCGAUUUUUCCGUCUUUGCGACACUGAAACCUUCGUUGCAAUUCACUUUUGCGGUUCUCGACAAGUGCGCGUUGCAGUUUGUACCCUCUCGGUCUCAGGAAUGUAACUGCUCGCACUAGGGUUUCUCUGAAUGAAUCUGGUAGUAAUUC